GAGUGAUCCAAUGCCACUCCAGAGGCUCUUGGAUGAAUCAGCAAAACCCACAGAUGCACCCAUAGGGGCUGUUGUGUGAGUGGGGAGAGGGCAGUGGGUGCCCAAGGUGCUGUGGGAGCAGCGGAUUCCCUGUCCAAUGAGGUGGAAUGCUCCGCGGGCACAUGGUUCACGCUGCUCAAAAUAACUUGGGACCUGCACACUGACAAAUGCUGCUGCUCCGGUGGUGACAGGUUGUCCAGCUCCUCACGGCCAUCCUCACAAUAACCAAGGUUAACUCCCCUCACUGGAUGGACUCCUAACUCUUUCUCUUCCUGAGGACUCGAGAAUCCCCUCGCUGCCUUAACUUUAGCCUCGCACUUCUGGAUAACUCUCGGCGCUACUCACUGCCACGCUGGGCAGCGACACCUGGAGCAAUUAAAAAAGCAUGCAAGACGACAGUUUAGAAACCUCCACUUCAAUAUCUCAGCUUCUGAGAGAGAGCUAUUUAGCAGAAACCAAGCACCAAGGGAGGAGUGAAAGAAGCAGGUCAGAGCCAGUUUCUCACAAUUUCCACUAUGGCAAUGCUUCUGGUGAUUCAGAUGAGGUAGCUGCCCAAGAUGACCUCCCAGAUCUGUCUGCCUUUUUGAGCCAAGAAGAGCUCGAUGAAAGCGUAAACCUGGCAAGGCAAGCUAUUGAUCAGAGCCCGCUGGAAACGAAGCAGGAUGAGCUUCAGGCACAUUCACAGUGCCCCCCAGAGCAGAUGAACACCACGGGGAAGCACAAAGCGAUGGCCCAGCCCGCGGCUCUGAAAACAGCAGACAAUGGCCUGCCCUCCAACUUCUGUCAGGAACACGUCAGAAACACAAAGGGGUCCAAAGGGAGCUCCCAGGACCUAAAGAAACACCACCUCCCUUCCGAAUCAGAAUCCAAAAAGGAGUUCCUGAACAAGGCAGCGGAUUUCAUCGAGGAGCUCUCGUCACUUUUCAAAGCCCACAACUCAGAAAGAAUACGGCCCCGAACGUGCAAAAACUACAAGAGCAAAAUUGAGUCCAAGAACAAGUCUGCUCAAAAAGGCAGCUCUAACCCGGCUCUCACAUCAGAAAACAGAGAAAGGCUUUCCAUUCCAACACCUCAAGACUUGGAAAACAAAGCAGAGAAAGCUUUGGAACAAACAGAUGAUCAACAGGCAGCACACCUGGAAUCUCUCAGUCAAUUAACAAGUGCAGAGCUGAAAGCAGAGUCAGAAUCUGCCUCUGUGUAUUCUGAUGAGCCCCUUGGACAGCCACCACGCUUUACUCAAAAACUGAAGAGCAGGGAAGUUCCUGAGGGAUCCAAAGUGCAAUUGGACUGCAUUGUGGUAGGAAUCCCAGCACCUGAAGUCAGGUGGUACUGUGAAGGGAAGGAGCUUGAGAACUCACCAGACAUCCAGAUCAUCCAGGCAGGAGAGCGACACUCCCUGGUCAUUGUUGAGGCCUUUGAGGAGGACACGGGGCGCUACUCGUGCUUCGCCUCCAACAUCUAUGGAACUGACUCCACCUCUGCAGAGAUUUACAUAGAAGGCAUCUCUUCUUCUGACUCUGAAGGUGAAAUCACCAAGGACGAAAUGGAUCACAAACCAAAGCCAGCCAGCACCUCUGCGAAUGCAGCGUCUCCUGCUGUCAGAGCUGCAGCCAAGCACCAAGAAACCUCCAGGGCCCCACCAGCUGAGCUCCAGCCCGUGUCUGUCCUGGUCCAGACUGUGCCACCACCAGUUAGCCAGGCUCAAAGCCCCACUAACUAUUUGCAAGGACUGGAUGGAAGACCUAUAAUUGCUGCUCCUGUAUUUACAAAGAUGUUACAGGAUAUUUCAGCUUCUGAGGGGCAGCUUGUUGUUUUUGAAUGUCGGGUGAAAGGAGCUCCUUCCCCAAAGGUUGAAUGGUAUAGAGAAGGAACACUGAUAGAAGACUCUCCAGAUUUUAGGAUAUUACAGAAAAAACCACGAUCUAUGGCUGAACCAGAGGAGAUUUGUACUCUGGUUAUUGCUGAAGUAUUUUCAGAAGAUUCUGGCAGUUUCACCUGUACUGCAAGCAAUAAAUAUGGCACAGUGUCCAGCAUAGCUCGUCUGACUGUCAAAGCUCCCGAGGACAGCAGCAGCACUGCUGCCCUUCACACGACGUGCUCCAUCGACUUUGUGGCCACCGAGCACCAGGCUGCCCCCCAGGCUCCUUCCAGCCUCCACAGCCAAGCCCCCAGGCCCAAGCUGGAGGGGGUCCUGGUGAACCACAACGAGCCCAGGUCCAGCUCCAAGGCAGGGCUCCGCGUGCACUUCAAGCUGCCCGAAGAUGAGAAGGGCGGUGAAUCCUCCUCAGAGGAUGGACCUGGCACCACCAACCAAAGCAGACCCAACCACUUCCCCGAGAAGAUAAAUGGACAGCCAGUGAAAACACCAGAGCCAGCAUCACCAUCCAAGGAGCCUCCCCCAGUGCUGGCUAAACCUAAGCUUGACCAGAGCCAGCUAAAGCAGCUCCACAACCAGGUGCUGCUCGAACAGCAGCAGGUGCACCAGGCGUCUCUGAGAGAGCUGUCCUUCGCCAGCACGCUGGUGAAUUCUGCCAGUGCCCUGUGCCAGCAGUCGGGCUCCGUGCUCUACCGGCAGGGCUCGGCCUGCGCCCCCCAGACCCUGGGCUACGGGCGCCCCAAGCAGCUGCUGGCGCCCCAGACCCCGCCGGGCAGCCCCUGUGCCAGCUCCUGCUCAGGCUCCCUGGGCAGCGCCGCCGCGGGUGCCCCCAGGACGAGCCCCACGGAGAAGCUGCCCGCAAACCCGGCGCGGGCCUCGGGAGGCCUCGCAGGCCGCGGCGAGCAGCCCAGCGUGCCCAGCCCCAGGGAGGCCGCGGUGCCCCCGCUGGCGCUGCCCCCCGUGAAGCAGUUCCAGCCCCAGAGCGUGGCCCCCGCUCCCCUGUCCCCCACGGCGCGCAUCCAGAACCCCGUGGCCUUCCUCAGCGCCGUCCUGCCCUCCCUGCCGGCCGCACCAUCCACCAACGCCAUGGGACUGCCCAGAAGCACCCCGGCCGCCCCAACUCAGGGAUUAAAGAAAAACCUGAAGCCUCUGCCAUUGGCAACAGAGGAUUCCAUUCGGGAAAACAAAGCUGCACUUGUAAAGGACCUGGAGAGAAAACUGCAUUUCAGAGAGGAUGCUAACCAGCAAAGUGGUCAGCAGGAGUACAGGAUCUCCAGCUUCGAGCAGAGGCUGAUGAACGAGAUCGAGUUCCGCCUGGAGCGGACGCCGGUGGACGAGUCGGACGAUGAAAUCCAGCACGAGGAGAUCCCCACGGGCAAAUACAUUGCUCCCAUCUUUGACAAGAGACUCAAGCAUUUCCGGGUCAUGGAAGGAUUCCCUAUCACCUUCACCUGCAAAAUAGUUGGAAUUCCUGUUCCCAAGGUCUACUGGUUCAAGGAUGGCAAGCAGAUUUCAAAGAAAAACACACAUUUCAAAAUGAACAGAGAAGAGGAUGGAACGUGUUCUUUACAUAUUGAAGCUGCUACUAAUGAUGAUGAUGGCAACUAUACAAUUAUGGCUGCAAACCCACAAGGGAGGAUCAGUUGUUCAGGACACCUGAUGGUUCAGAGUGUCCCUUUUCGGGGACGAAUAUCCACAACUCAGCCUCACAGAACACGGCCCCGGGCGCCGGAGGGAGACAAGGAGGCCGUGCAGGAACGCUUCUUCAGGCCAUACUUCCUGCAGGCUCCGGGGGACAUGGUGGCACACGAGGGGCGGCUCUGCAGGCUGGACUGUAAGGUGAGCGGGCUGCCCACGCCGGAGCUGACGUGGCUGCUGAACGGCAAGGCCGUGCUCCCCGACAGCAGGCACAAGAUGCUGGUCAGAGAGACAGGGGUGCACUCCCUGCUCAUCGACCCCCUGUCCCUGAGUGAUGCUGGCACCUACACCUGCCUGGCCACCAACAGGACGGGACAGAACUCAUUCAGCCUGGAGCUCACCGUUGUAGCAAAGGAAGUCAAGAGAGCCCCCAUGUUUCUGGAGAAGCUUCAGAACUGUGGAGUUCCAGAAGGCUACCCUGUCAGAUUGGAGUGCAGAGUCGUGGGAAUGCCACCUCCCGUGUUCUACUGGAAGAAGGACAACGAGACCAUCCCAUCCAACAGAGAGAGGAUGAGCAUGCACCAAGACACAACGGGGUAUGUGUGCCUCCUGAUCCAGCCUGCCAAGAAAGCAGACGCUGGCUGGUACACCUUGUCUGCAAAGAACGAGGCUGGCAUCGUCUCCUGCACUGCCCGCCUGGACAUCUAUGCUCAGUGGCACCGGCAGAUCCCGCAGGCUCUGAAGCUGUGGCCCGGGGGCAGCCGCUUCCCCUCCGUCAGCAGCCAAGGGCUCGACUCCUUCUGUGCCUUCCCCGCUCCCGAGAGCCCCGUGCUGUUCUCAGCCCCCAGCCACAAGCUGGUGGAGAGUGAAGAACUCUGAAAAACAAACACUCCUUCCAGGUGCGCCUGCGGAGGUACUCGGAACUGUGAAAAAUAAAUAAUAAAAACAAAAAGAGGGACAACUCACCGUGCUCAAGGUUUACAAGCAACUCGUUUGUAAUUAAGUGUUCUGCUGCUGCAAGUGCUGCGAGUAACAUAUGGUACAAGACUUUUGCAUAUGAUUGUAAUGCAGGAUAAUUGUGGUAUGGAGUGUUGUGCAAUAAAUUCAGUACUGUGUAGUUUGCUAAGAAUUACAUAGUAAACAUAGUUUUCAGCACCUAAAAGCCAAUACCACUUUUACUUCUUGAAUUGGAGCUACUGCACUGUAGCUGCCAUGGUAAAGAUUAACUGGAAUACUGCCAGUGAAAACACUGACAUUACAGUAACACCAAUCCUGAAUGAGGGUAAACAACAAGACUUUGAAUGUAACUUAAAAAAACAUGCCCAAUAAUCACAGAGCACAAGUUAAAUGGAAAAGAUGUAACUCAUUUUUAUAUAUGAUUAUUAUUAUGCCAGCCUAUUCUAGAAUUUUUGAACUCCAGACUAGGUAAAUAUAGCAAUUCAUGUAGGUACAGCUGUAUACCCUGAAUAUUUAUAUCUGUGUGUGUGUGUACUCUAUGAACUGUGUAUUCUUGGUGUAAGGGUUCAGAAAAUAAGGUACAGGGCAUGUGCAUAAGGCACAUAGGAAAUGGAAAUUCCUCUUGUCUGAAGCAUGUUCUCUUGAGCCCAUAGCUGAAAUUAUUUACCAGAUGUGCUUCAUACUUUUUUCUUCACCAUGUUAGUGAUCCUCUGACUUUAACAUGGAUGAUACCAAACUUGUCACUUCAUGGCUUUCAAAUAUCAGUUUCUUUUUCCUAAUUUUUAAUGUGCAUCUACCAUCUAACUCAUUUUAUAGCUAAAUGGAAAGGAAUUGUGACCUGGUAAACUUUUACCACCAUGUAGGAAAUGAUCACAAGUGUGGUGUCUAAGAGGAAGACAGAAAAUUCUGUUAAUAUACAAAAGUUAAGAAGUUAAGCAACAGUCAUAUGCAAAAAGCUAAAAAACCCCAACAAUAGUAAUAAAUAAGGCAAAUGAUUGAAAAAUCUACAGGAGGUACUAAGUGACAACACUUAAUGAUUGAUUUAAAUAUAUUUGGCAUCUAUACAAUUGCAUCAAUACCCCCAGCUGUUAAAAUCUGUGAAUGUUUAAGAUGUUUUCCUGCAUCUUUAAAUUACUGCUAACCCUCUCUGUAGACAUUGGUUUCAAGCACUCCUUACUUACUGCUUUCAACAUGGCUGCAGAAUGCCACAAAGUCAUGAUCAAAGUCACAGAGAUGGAAAAAAAUUUAACAGAUGCUUUCAUUUUAGACUAUUUUUGUGGAUUCUUCAAAUUUAAAAUAUUAACUUUUAAAAAAAGUCCAUAUGCAAAGAAAACAAUGAAGAGUUAUGUUAAGAGCAAAAGAAUAUUGGAUAUAGCCAGAGACUGAGAAAGAGAAUGUCUUUCACUGAGCUUCCCGCAAAUAGAGCUUCUGCUGUUCCUAACUGUUGAUUCCCUCAGGAUUUAGAGGAAGUGAAUUUCUUGUGUUGUUUUACUUCCCACCUGAGUGAACACCAUAAAACAACACCAUCAUUAUAACUCUCAUGCCUUUGUUAGGAAUCUCAGGCAACUCAAGCCUGGACAGACCAGAAAGAUAAAACCCAGAAUUAUCCUAAGGGUUAAGACAAGGUACAGGGGUUUCCAACAUUGUACCUCUUCCCUGGCAAACAAAAUAAAACUCAUGGCUAUUGAAAGAGA